AUGUGGUCACCCAAUUGUCUCCUCUUCCUCGGAAUCCUCUCCCUCUCCCUUGCCACCCUCGGCCAGGCUGCACUCCGGAGAGAUGAAGUACCACUCGCACGGAGAAACACUGGGCCACCGCUUUUCCUCAGACAACUGCCCACGAUCGCAGACAGCGUCGCGCAAGGCCAAGAAGCCAACGUGACGCCUGCAGGGAACCCGACGCCCAACAGCUACGGCCUCACCCCGCUCACGCUCUCGGACGAUGGAUCGUCGUACUACGUCGUCCUCCAGACGGGGCAAAUCACCUUCCGCGUCGCGCUCGAUACCGGCUCCUCCGACCUCUGGCUCGUCUCCUCUGCCUGCACGGACUCGCAGUGCAGCUCGCUCCCGCGCUACCCCCUUGGAUACGAGAGCUCGACGUUCUCGCCGUACAACGACAACAACACCCAGUAUUCCACCCACUUUGCCGAUGGCACCGGCGCAUCGGGGUUUGUCGCAUACGAGUCGGUCCAGGUUGCGAACGUCACCGUUCCCAAACAGGCAUUUGGCCUCGUCUCGCAGUCGAAUUUGACGCUGGACGACCAGAUGAGCGGUGUCAUGGGCAUGGGGUUUCCCAGACUCUCACAGAUCAGCAACGCCGUCGCGGACGGUACCGGUGUGCCGUGGUUCUCGAGUCUGGCCGAGCAGGGGAUCGUUGACUAUCCUGUGUUCGGGCUGAGCCUCACGCGCAAUGCGACCGGGACGUUGGCCGUUGGUGCCAUUGAUUCGUCCGUCGUGACGAACACGAGCGAUAUCGUGUGGAAUGAGGUCGUCCCGUUCUCGCCUUAUCAGAACCAGUUCAACACGUCUGGGUAUGUCUACUGGGCGAUUCACAUGACGGAGGUUGCGGUGAAUGGCUCGGGCAUUACGCCUGUUCCGACGUAUCCCGGGCCCACCGAGAACUCGUCUAUCGCGCUCCUUGAUGUUGGAAACUCCGGGAUUUACGGACCUUGGCAAGACGUCGAGCAAAUUAUGUCCAAGUUCCCAUCUAGUAGGCUUGUGGAUGAAAGUGGCCAGUGGGCAGUCCCAUGCGAUUCGUCGGCUAUCAUGUCCUUCAGCUUUGGCUCCGAAGACCAGUUCAUCCUACAGCCCUCAGACUACCUGAUCGGCCCUGUAUCAACGAAUCCUACCAUGUGCCUCACCUGGCCGAUGGCCUCCUCCCCCGACUCCACGGGCAUCGACUGGAAACUUGGCACGCCCUUCCUCCGCACCGUCUACUCCAUCUUCAGCCUCGGCAUCGACACCAAAGAGCCGCCCAUGAUCGGCCUCUACCCGCGCACCAACGCCUCCACCACCACCGUCGAGCCCUACCCCGCCCUUCAAUCCUUCUUCUCCUCUGCAUCCGCCACCAUCGCCGCGACGCUCCCCAACUCGCUCCUGGCGACGCCGACGCCGACAGCCCCACCCUACCUGUUCAACACAUCCGUGCCCGCCGUGCUCGGGCAGAUCCCGAGCGCGGGCCUCGCGACGCGCACGUACAGCCCCGUGGUGGGCACCGAGCUCGUGAACGCGACCGCGCUCAGGAUGGUCCCCGAGGAGUAUACGCUCGUCGUGACCAAUUCGGCGGGCGACGUCGUCACGUCGACGUACGCGGUCUCGCAGCCGACGGGCCCGCUCGGCCGCCCGCCGGGGUGGAGCGGCGCGGCAGGCCGUGCGCGUGCGGUCGACGUGGGAGUGGUUGUGUCCUGCGCGGUGUCGGUGCUCGCGGUUGUUGUUGCAGGGGCGGCUGUGUUGUGA